AUGCCUCUCAAUGAUGACCCGAACAGCGAUUCAGAUUCCUCGCGCCUGUCUGAAAGCACAGCUUCUUCCAGUGACUCUGAAUAUUCAAGGCAGAGCUUUAACAGUGAUUCUUCAAGCAAACCCAGUUCCCCAGCAUCAGCAAGCCCUCCCAAGAUGAUUACAUUUGAUGAACUGAUGGCAGCUGCAAGAAACUUGUCGAACUUGACUCUAGUUCAUGAAAUUGCUGUAAAUGCAAAUUUUUGCAUAAAAAAUGAAGACUUACCAGAGAACAGCUUUGCAGGCAGAGUGAAACAAAUUGCACACAAGGCGUUUUGGGAUCUUUUGGAAUCUGAACUGAAUGAAGAUCCUCCAGAAUAUGAACAUGCUAUCAAGCUCUUUGAGGAAAUCAAGGAGAUUCUUCUUUCUUUCCUGACUCCUGGAGCAAACAGGAUUCAAAAUCAAAUCUGUGAAGUUCUAGAUGCAGAUCUUAUAAGACAGCAGGCUGAACAUAAUGCUGUUGAUAUUCACGGGCUAGCUAACUAUAUCAUCAACACUAUGGGGAAGUUAUGUGCUCCAAUAAGAGACAACGAUAUAAAACAGUUAAAAGCAACUGACAAUAUCGUAGAACUACUGAGGCAAAUAUUCCGUGUUUUGGACCUGAUGAAAAUGGAUAUGGCUAAUUACACAAUUCAGAGCCUUAGGCCGUACCUUCAGCAUAAUUUGGUGGACUAUGAAAGAGCAAAAUUCCAGGAAAUUCUUGAAGAGAAACCAAGUGCCCUGGAUCUCACAACAGAAUGGAUAAAGGAAUCAAUAGAAGAUGAACUGUCAUCUGUUUCUGAUGAAUCUUCAUCUCCUGGUGCUGAUAGUAGUUCUAAACCAAUUAUUAGUCCUACACUGGUGCUUAAUAAUGGCUACUUGAAACUGUUACAAUGGGAUUAUUGCAAAACGUUUCCAGAGACUCUAAUAGCAGAUGAAGUUCGUCUUCAGGAGUUGAGAGAAAAGCUCAAUCAAUUAAAAAUCAUAGCUUGUGUCUGUCUCAUAACAAACAAUAUGGUGGGUGCAGCAAUUGUAGAUGUGCCUGAUUUUGCAGAUCAGCUGAAAAGGAUCUCUCUUCCUCUUCUUGAAGGCAUGAACAAGAAAACUUUUGAUUUGAAGGAAGCUCUGAAUGCUAUUGGUGUCCAGAUUUGCAGCAAAGUGAACAGGUCCCUAACUGAAAGAUGUCUUCCCACUCUUGAUGCAGAAAUGCAGAAUAAUUUAAUAGGCCAAAUUGCUCAUAUUGUUGAGGAGAAUAAUCCCGUCAGUUCUUUGAUUGACAAAAGAAUCCAGUUCUUCAUGAGAAGCUUGCUUGCUCUUCCAAAUUCUCAGAAGUGUAUGCCCACUAUGCCAGGAGGCCUUUCUGUUAUUCAGACGGAGAUGGAGUUAGUAGGAUCUCAGUAUGCGAGCAUUGUAAACUUUAAUAAACGAGUGUAUGGACCAUUCUAUGCAAACAUACUUAGAAAACUACUUUUUCCUGAGGCAGCAAUGGGGAAAGCAGAAACAGAAACACCUACCAACUAA